AGCCGCGCCCGAGCCAGCCCCGCGGCAGGAAACGAUGAAGGGGGACACCAGACACCUCAGUGAAGAGGAGGGCGCCAGCGGGAGGGAGGACUCCAUCAUUCUCAUCAACGGGGCCAGUAGUGACCAGUCCUCCAACUCCAAGGACGCCCCUUCGCCCCCCAUCCUGGAGGCUAUCCGCUCGCCCGAGAUCAGAGGCCGCAGAUCCAACUCCCGCCUGUCCAAGAGGGAGGUCUCCAGCCUAAUCAGCUACACUCAGGAUCUGACAGGGGAAGCAGAUGGUGAAGGAGAAGAUGGGGACAGCUCCGAGGCUCCUGUGAUGCCAAGACUAUUCCGGGAAACCAGGACCCGCUCUGCAAGCCCAGCAGUCCGCACCCGAAAUAGCAACAACAGUGCCUCCAAGUCCUUCACACGUCCCACGCGAGGCCGCCAGGGCCGCAGUCACGUGGACGAGUCUCCCGUGGAGUUCCCGGCUACCAGGUCCCUAAGGCGGCGGUCAACAGUCUCGCCAGGUACGCCGUGGCCAUCCCCGUCCACUGCUUACCUCACCAUCGACCUCACGGAGGAGGAUGUGACACCACAGAGCAGCAGUACCCCCUGUGCCAGCCUAGCUGAGAGCCAGCAGGAGAACUCGGAGACCUCCCAGGUGGACGCAGAGGGGAGAGACUCCGACAACACUGAGUACCAGGAUGGGAAGGAGUUUGGAAUAGGGGACCUGGUAUGGGGCAAGAUCGAGGGCUUCUCCUGGUGGCCUGCCAUGGUGGUUUCUUGGAAGGUUACCUCCAAGCGCCAGGCCAUGUCCGGCAUGCGAUGGGUCCAGUGGUUUGGUGAUGGCAAGUUCUCUGAGGUCUCUGCAGACAAACUGGUGGCCUUGGGGCUGUUCAGUCAGCAUUUUAACCAGGCCACCUUCAAUAAACUGGUGUCAUACAGGAAGGCCAUGUACCAGGCCCUGGAGAAAGCCAGGGUACGAGCUGGCAAGACCUUCCCCAGCAGCCCUGGAGACUCUUUGGAGGACCAGCUGAAGCCCAUGUUGGAGUGGGCCCACGGGGGCUUCAAGCCCACUGAGAUCGAGGGCCUCAAACCUAACAACAACCAACCAGUGGUUAAUAAAUCGAAGGUGCGUCGGGCACGCAGUAGGAACUUAGAAUCAAGGAAACACGAGAACAAGAGUCGAAGACGCACAGUUGAUGAUUCAGCCGCCUCUGACCACUGUCCCCCAAACAAACGCCUCAAGACAAACUGCUAUAACAAUGGCAAGGACCGGGGAGAGGAAGAUCAGAGCCGAGAACAAAUGGUUUCUGAUGUUACCAACAACAAGAACAAUCUGGAAGAUAGCUGUUUGUCCUGUGGUAGGAAAAACCCAGUGUCCUUCCACCCGCUCUUUGAGGGUGGGCUUUGCCAGACAUGCCAGGAUCGCUUCUUUGAGCUCUUCUACAUGUACCACGAUGAUGGUUACCAAUCCUACUGUACCGUGUGCUGUGGGGGCCAUGAGCUGCUUCUCUGCAGCAAUGCAAGCUGUUGCCGAUGCUUCUGUGUGGAGUGUCUGGAGGUGCUGGUGGGCAAGGGCACAGCGGAGGAUGCCAAGCUGCAGGAGCCCUGGAGCUGCUACAUGUGUCUCCCCCAGCGCUGCCACGGAGUCCUGCGGGGCCAGAAGGACUGGAAUGUCCGCCUGCAGACCUUCUUCACCAGCGACAUGGGGCUCAAAUACAAGGCCCCCAAGUUGUACUCUGCGAUUCCCGCAGCCAAAAGGCGGCCCAUUUGAGUCCUGUCACUAUUCGAUGGGAUUGCCACAGGUUACUUGGUCCUCAAAGACUUGGGCAUUAAAGUGGAAAAGUAUGUUGCCUCGGAAGUGUGCGAAGAAUCCAUCGCUGUUGGAACCGUGAAGCACGAGGGCAACAUCAAAUAUAUGAAUGACGUUAGGAACAUCACAAAGAAAAAUAUUGAAGAGUGGGGUCCAUUUGAUUUGGUGAUCGGUGGAAGCCCAUGCAAUGACCUAUCAAAUGUGAAUCCUGCCCGGAAAGGCCUGUAUGAGGGCACUGGCCGACUCUUCUUCGAAUUCUACCACCUGCUCAAUUACUCACGCCCCAAAGAAGGGGAUGACCAGCCGUUCUUCUGGAUGUUUGAGAAUGUUGUAGCCAUGAAGGUCGACGACAAGAGGGACAUGUCAUGGUUCCUGGAGUGCAACCCAGUGAUGAUUGAUGCUAUCAAAAUUUCUGCUGCUCACAGGGCUCCAUACUUCUGGGGAAACCUACCUGGGAUGAACAGGCCUGUGAUAGCAUCAAAGAAUGAUAAGCUCCAGCUGCAGGACUGCUUGGAAUUCAGUAGGACUGCAAAGUUAAAGAAAGUGCAGACAAUAACCACCAAGUCCAACUCCAUCAAACAGGGGGAAAACCAACUUUUCCCUGUUGUCAUGAAUGGCAAAGAAGAUGUUUUGUGGUGCACUGAGCUCGAAAGGAUCUUCGGUUUUCCUGUGCACUACACGGAUAUGUCCAACAUGGGCCACGGUGCCCGCCAGAAGCUGCUUGGGCGGUCCUGGAGUGUGCCCGUCAUUCGACAUCUCUUCCCCGCCCCCCCA